CACUACACUUCAGUUCACAGCACCCCGGGACAGAUCAAAUCCAGGCAAACAUCCAACAACACUGUUUCAUUGCACCGACGAAAUUUACCGAAAUCUUAUUAUCAUCAGAGAAGACAAACAGUACUAAUGCCAGCGAGGUGUGCAUGCUGAGGAUCCUGAACGCUGAGAAAGUUUUGCGAUUCUGGGCCAAGGCCUGCUGCUCUGCUUCGCUACGCGCAAACCCGAUAAUGCCUUCAUCUUAACACCGCAUCAGCCGCAUUCCUUGAACACUUCUUCUCCGCCCCAUUCAGACUUCUUCGACAGGUCAUUCGUCGUGCACGUCGACAUUGAAAUACCCCUUACCUUCUUCUCACCAUUGCCUGCCCAACAUGCCAGCUCCUCAGCUUUCUGUCAGCGACCAAAUACGGCAGCUCAACGACGCGCGAAAGUUGGUUUUGGGCGACGUCAAGUACUAUUCAAGCGUUAUAAAGAGCAUUCUACCCAUCAUCUCCCCGUCUGCCCACAUCGAAUUGCGAAGAUGGGGUGUCGAUUUUCUGGCCGAGGCCUUCGCAACACCAGCGAUCCCCCUUGGAGACAAGGAAACCUUGCAGCCCUUUAUUCUCGAAACAUUAAAAGACACACUCGAGGACCCCGGACAGGAUAUACAAGUUCUCCGUAGUGCCAUUCAGGCGGCUGCGAGUAUAUACCCGCUGACACUACGAUGGAUCAUCAACAACUCGUACGAUAACAUGACUUGGGAGCACAUGACCAAGAUCAAAGCCAGGAUUCUACAGAUAUGGGAGAAGGCUGAGCCGUCAGUCAGGAUAUGUUGCGUCAAGUUUGCGCAGCGCGUUGUGCUGGCCCAGUCACCUGUCAAUCCACAGGAGCCUAGGAGAGGCGAUUCCCUCGACAUCUCCCUAGACAAAGUACCGCCCAACCAUCAAACCCUCGAUGUUCGUACCUUAGAGGCUGAAGCAGCCGGUCUAUUAGAUCGGAUUCUGGGGGGGUUGCAAGAUCAUAGCAGCGACGCCCUCCUCGUAGAUGCCAUUCUCAACUCCCUCGCCAUCCUCGUUCGGACGCGACCCAAUACAGUGAACAGGAUAUUCAACGCCAUCUUCAACUUCAACCCUUUCAAACUAGCCAAUUCACCAGUGACCCCCCGCAACCGAGUGCUCAUCAAGUCUAUGGAGAAGACUACGCGCAUGCUCCUGCUUCACAUUGCGAAACGUGAUCCGCAUAGUCCUCUUGCUCAGCGGAUACAACAGCACGUGGAGGGAAUGAUGCGGAUGCGCAGCGAGAUACUCGAAGAAGCAGGGCGGAAACGCGCGCUAGAAGCACAAUCCGCCGGAGCUGACGCCAAACGGCAACGGACGCAAGCACCGCCGGCUAACCCUGAGCAGCUUCAAGUUGACCCCUUGCCACCUGGCCGCCAUAACUUGGCCGACGUUUAUACCCUCAGUGGUGGUGAAGGGCUCAAGGGUUUUGACAUUUCGACGGUCCCCGCUGCCAUGGUCGCGAAAAUCAACGUAUCUACAUUGGCAAGGAUCAAUCCGCAACUCCUGUCCAAGGCCGUUGAGGGGAUAAAAGGAAGGUUCGCCGCUCUGGCGGCGAUGCCCAUCCCAGAACUGGAUCCGAACACGGCACCUCUGGGUGUCGACGAGGACGAGGACGACGACUAUGAACCCGACUUCUUUGCGGCUGAGGAUACAGAACAAAUUUUGAACAAACUCGACGGCCAGGCGAAUGACCAGCCCGAUGUGACGGAAUUGUCUCUCAAGUCUUUCAAGUUACCGCCGCCCACCCCAUUGACACCCGAGGCGGCGCUCGGCGGAGGCCAGGGCUCCGUUUUGUCACUGCUCGAGUUCGUCAAGACGCUUGAGGACGUCAACAAGCGGCCACGGUCUGGCAUCAAUAGGCUGGCGGCCGGUAGCAACGACAGAGAAUCGUGGAUUGCCAUCGUGACGCGACUGGCAAGCCGGUGUUCUGCCGAGGAAGGUGAAAUCUCCAUCAAGGACGAGUAUAGCGAUUCCCCGGCCCCGGCUAUUCUCGGCGACAGCAUCCGGGAGUCCCUAUACACCUACGUGCUGGAAGACUUCCGGAGACGAAUCGACGUCGCUAUUACCUGGCUAGCGGAGGAGUGGUAUAACGAUCGAAUGCAACAGAAGGAAGGGGGACACCCACGUCUUCACUACGAAAAGUGGGCGCUGAAGCUCAUCGACGGGUUUUCCCAGUACCUCCAUGCGCAAGAUAAGGUGUUGACACGGUUUCUCGGCGAGAUCCCAGACCUGACGGCGGCUAUCUUCUCUCGCGUGAAACUCAUCUGCCGAGAUCCUUCAGUGGUGCCACUGGCGCUGACGAGCCUACUAUAUGUGGUAAUGAUGCGGCCACCAGCCAAGGAGCUCGCACUCGACACUGUGCAAGAAAUAUGGCAAGAGUACGAAGAGGCGCGUCCGAUGGCGGGCAAAUACCUGGCCAAGUUCCGGCCGGCCUUUCUGGAGGCGGCCACCCGGGACGCAGAAAAUAAUGGCACAGCAACCUCUUCCACCGCUGUCGCUGCGGCGUGAGGCAGCCGGGGG